GACGUCCUGCGCAGUGCGCUCGCUCCUCAACGGCGCAUGGAUCAUGUCCGCGAUAAUGACGUUCCCCGUCGCCCAUCCGGUUGAAAAGCGCGGCGUAAGCGGUCCAGUAUGCGACAGAUUCCCGCAUGAUGCGACCCUCGGCAUUCUUCACGCUCGUUGCUUGCGCAGCUGCAUGCGCCGCUAGCGUUUCCGCGCAAGACAGCCAAAGCCAAUCCACGACGAGCGUCCCGAGCCCCUCCACGAGCGCAUUCGAAUCUCACAGCUUAACGUCCGCUACGAACUCGAACACGCUCAUCCAUUCAUCUAUCCGCUCGAAGUUCAGCUCCUCCACCGCUGCGGCAGCUGCUUCGAGCGCAUCGGCAUCCUCGGUGUCCGCCGCAAGCGGGCCGUCAACGACCUCUCCCUCCUCCUCCUCCUCGCCUACUUCAACCUCGGACGCCGUUUCGAACGUGCCCUUCGGUCUCGUACCUCUGCUGGUGGUGACGAUCCCAUCGUUGAUGAUGUUACUGUGAGAUCAGUGUGACAUUAUUUAGUCGCAAGGAGGGCUUCUCUUCCUGUAGUACCCGUAGAGCUGCUGCGGAUGGCUUCUCCGAUAUUCACGAGGGCUGAAGCCUGAUGCAAUCCUAAUAUU